AUGCAAGAAUUUGCUAAGGAAAUGGGUUUCAAAUUACUAACUUCUACGCCAUAUUAUGCUCAGGCUAAUGGUCAAGUUGAAGCAGCAAAUAAGGCUGUAACUAUUUUACUAGUCGAGAUUUAUCUACAAUUAACAAGAAUUCAGAGGCAUCAUGAAAUUCCAUCAGAAUCAUAUUGGAACAUGAUGCUUGAUGAGUUAGUUGAUCUAGAUAAGGAGAGACUUAAUGCCUUGGAAUUAUUGAAAAGGCAGAAGAAGAAAGUGGAGAAAUCUUACAAUAAGAAGGUUAAAGUUAAGAUGUUUUUUCCUGAAGACUUGGUUCGGAAAGUGAUCCUUCCAAUGGAUCUAAAAGAUAGGGCCUUAGGGAAAUGGUCCCCCAAAUGGGAAGGUCCUUUUCAAAUUUUGCAAUUAUUCUCUAACGGUGCUUAUGAGACCGAGGAGCUUGAUAAAGAUAAAAGAAUCUUAAGGGUAAAUGGAAAAUAUUUAAAGAAAUAUAAGCCAACACUCCAAGAGAUAAAAAUAAUGAACGAAUAA